CCCAGCAUCCGGCGGAAGAAAGUAGUCGUAGCCAUCACCGGCGCCACAGGAGCCCCCCUAGCCGUCAACCUCCUCCAGACUCUGCGCCGCCUCGGCGUGGAAACCCAUCUGAUACUCUCGACGUGGGGCAUGUCCACGGCAAAGUACGAACUGGAGGCACCACAGAACACGGCCCGGUACCUGCAGUCAUUAGCCGACUAUCACUAUUCCCCACGAGAUGUAUCCGCGGCGCUUUCGUCAGGGUCGUUCCGCACCGACGGCAUGAUCAUCGUGCCGUGCAGUAUGAAGACGCUGGCCGGCAUCCGCAUGGGAUACGACACCGAUCUGAUUACGCGCGCUGCGAGCGUGUCGCUGAAGGAGCGGAGGAGGCUUGUUCUCGUGGCGCGGGAGACGCCGCUGAGUUCUAUUCAUCUGGAGAACAUGCUUGAGGUGACGAGAGCCGGUGCGAUCGUGUUUCCUCCUGUUAUGGCAUUUUACACGAGACCGAAGAGCAUAGACGAGUUGGUCAGUCAAAGCGUUACAAGGAUGAUCGAUAUGCUGGAUUUGGGGAUCGAGGAGCACGAAGACGAGGAUGGGAGGUGGACGGGUUUCGACUGGCAAGGGAAG